UAUCGACUCGCGCUAUUCGACUUGGCGUGCAUCGGAGGAAGAAGGCAGAAGGCAGGCAUCCAUGGAGCUGACAACCUGUCAAGGGAGGUGAACCAGAGUGUCCCUGGACCUGCGCAGGCACAAGACGACGAUGAUACGGAGUAGAUGUCGAGGAACAGUUGAACUGGGGAUGCUGAAGAUAAUGCACUCUCGCAAGCCAGCCAUGCAGCUAAGAGAAAUAGUUACCCUUCAAGGUUAGCCAGGAUCCAGGGUUGGAGGGCAUUUAAUGUGUGUCGUAUCCAAGGCAACGUACAAGCCUCUCUUCCCGAGGUUCCAGAUGGGAACAUAUGCUCAGCGGCUGUUAUUGGCCAUUACAACGAGGCUGAAAUACUCUGUUGGCACCAGCAAAAAGUUGGGCCGUCGCAACGCAGCCAUUGAACGUAACUCUGUCGAUAUUACGGAGUAUGUUGUCAAGUCUAAACUGAGGGUUGCCGGGAAUUAUGGGAGACUUACGGCAUCUUCCGCUUAAUCUGUGCCAGAGGCCUUCGCACUCAGAUGCUGGCAUUCUGAGCUUUUCGCCCAACCCUUGUUUGCCCCUCCUUUCGUACAUAUUCCCGAACGAGGAGUAUCUCCCUGACAACUCACCCACCUGGGGAAGAGAGUCUACUGGUUUGCUCGGUUGGGUGAUAUCUCCACUCCAGCAUUGUCCAGAAAUUGGGACGUGUGCAUGCCCUGUCAUAGUACCAAAGUAUGGAGUAAGACUGAGUGUUGAUGGCAUAUUGCUCGUCUCUCCAGCAAAACCAGGGUAGAAGAUGACGACUGUGAUAUGGAUAUCACUUACGGAGUACUCCAUACUGCUCAUUGAAGUCCAAAUCACUCCACCCGAAGGACGCGCUAUGCUGGCUACUGACGUAAAGCCAUCAAGGAGGAUAGGCGCUUUUAGUGCACCGAGAUAAGCUCGCAAUUGAUGGAAUAGAUGGGCAGCAUUUGCUUUCUACGUCUUGCGAGGUGAGCUGUAUAUUGGCAGCAGAGAAACUCUCUAACUACAAUCGUGAAAAUCCCUGCAUACUUGGUUCGCCUUGCGCAUAAGCUCUUCCUAUGGGCUUUAUCAUCCAUGGCUACAUCCGAAGCGGGAAACCCAUACAACGAGCGAUGAUCAGGUGCCCGGCGUACAGUCCUCA